AUGGCUAUGGGGAGCACCAGCCCCAGGAGCGCGGACCCUCCUCCGCGAAACCUGACCGGCAGCCUCCCUGUGUCUCUCCCCGGCAGCUUCGGACAUGGGCUGCCAAGCUUCUCUGGGUCUGUGUGCUGCCCAGGAUGGAGGCAACAAGGCGUUGAGUGUUUGAUAGCUGUGUGUGAGGGGAAUUUCACCUGCAAGGAGAAUGAGGUGUGCGUGAGACCCAGUGAGUGCCGCUGUCGCCAUGGAUACUUUGGGGCCAACUGUGACACCAAAUGUCCCCGCCAGUUCUGGGGUCCCGACUGCAAGGAAAUGUGCAGCUGCCACCCCAAUGGCCAGUGCGAGGAUGUCACAGGCCAGUGCACAUGCAACCCCAAUCGCUGGGGGCCCAAAUGUGAGAACGCCUGUCUCUGCAAGCAUGGCAAAUGUGACCAGAAGAUGGGCAAGUGCACCUGUGAGCCCAAUUGGUGGGGUCCCCAGUGCUCCAGCUCUUGCUACUGCAGUCUCAACUCCCAGUGUGACCAGCAGACAGGUAUGUGCAUCUGCCAGCCUGGCUGGUGGGGCCGGGGUUGCAACAACCAGUGCUCCUGCAACAAUUCGCCGUGUGAGCAUUCCCGGGAGCGAAUGUUUGGCCCGCGCUGUGACCGCUACUGUCAGUGCUACAAGGGGAAGUGUAACCAGGUGGAUGGUACCUGCACCUGUGAGCCGGGCUAUCGGGGCAAGUACUGCCGGGAGCCCUGCCCAGCUGGCUUCUAUGGACAAGGCUGCAGGAAGCGAUGUGGGCAAUGCAAAGGGCUGCAGCCCUGCACCAUUGUGGAUGGCCGCUGCCUGGCCUGUGAAGCUGGCUGGAAUGGCACCAAGUGCGAUCAGGCUUGCUUGUCGGGCUUCUACGGAGAUGGCUGUGAGAAAAUCUGCCCCCUGUGCAAAGACGGCCACACCUGUAACCACAUCAAUGGCAAGUGCUCACACUGCAAUCCCGGCUGGAUAGGAGACAGGUGUGAAGCGAAAUGUCGCAAUGGGACGUAUGGCGAGAAUUGCGCCUUUGUGUGCAGUGACUGCUUCAAUGGAGAAUGCCACUUUGAGACGGGCAGAUGCCUCUGCCGGGCAGGCUCUCACGGCACCUACUGUAACCUGACAUGCCCAGUUGGUCAGUACGGAGUCAACUGUGCUAAGUCCUGCAGCUGCCAUGACGACACUUGUGACCCCCUGACUGGAGCCUGCCACAUGGAGGCCAAUCAGCGGAUGGGAGUGAUCGCAGCGGGGGCCCUGCUGGCUUUGCUACUCAUCCUCCUCCUCUCGCUACUCUGCUGCUGCUGUGUCUGUCGCAAGAAGGAGGAAGCUCAGGGUGCGAACCAGGACCCAGCAGCAAGCAAGAAAUCUCCUGGGCACCUGUGUGGCCGGUUCACUCGAAUUAGCAUGAAACUCCCUCGAAUUCCGUUGCAUCGCCAGAAACUGCCUAAAGUCGUUGGUAAGGUGGUAGGGCUCAUUAACUGCUCUGGUGUGUGCUCCAGAAUCUAA